AUGCCAGUGGAAGUCUCUCUUACAGUGGGGAAGCUGGAUGCAUCUUUGGCAUUACUGACUACAAAAGAUCACCAUGUGAUCGAAUUCCCUACAAUGCUACUUCCUGACAGUGUGAAAGCUGGCUCGAUAGUGAAAAUUCAAGUAUCUGAAGAUUCAGAAAUGGAGAGGAAAGAAAUUGAACAAUUUCAAUUACUUCAAGAUACGAUCCUGGAAAAGUACGGUACGCAUAGUCCAGAGCCCCCAAUUCUUAAAAUCGUCAAUGUGACUCAAACCAGUUGCGUUUUGGGGUGGGAGAAGCUGGAACUUGGAUCGGCUCAAUUAAAGUCGUUAGUGCUGUAUAAAGAUGGUGUGCGUUCUCUUAUGAUUCCUAAUCCAUUUAAAACGACUGCGACAAAGAUCUCAGGUCUGUCUGUGGACAAUGAGUACACGUUCCAAUUGAAACUAUCUACCACGUCUGGUAAUCUGUGGUCCGAGAAGAUCACGCUUCACACGCAUAAGAUGACUGAUAUGUCAGGUAUCACAGCAUGUUUGGGAUCUCUCGAUCGCGUCCAAAAAGUGACCAAAGCACAGAUAGAAGAGAGCUUACGGAACAUUGGCGCUAAGCCAUUACAAACAAGCGUGACCAUCGACACGACUCAUUUUAUUUCCAACGAUCCAGAUGCCGAGGACGACGAAUUGAAGAAGGCUCAGCAAAGCAAUAUCCCAAUUGUGAGACCAGAGUGGGUGAGAGCAUGCGAAUUGGAAAGGAGGAUCGUCGGUGUGCGUGGAUUUUACAUUGAUGCUGAUGUAAGCAACUUUGAAAGUUAUAAGUUCCCCAGUAAACCAACACAAAAUGGAUCAAGCGUGACCCAAUCUCAGGAUCCUGUGGUCGACGCAGAGUUGCCCGAGACACCGGAAAACCAAAAUGCUGUGGACAGCUCUGAAGAGCCUUCUAAUUUAGCGAAAGAGGUAAAUGGUGAUGGCAAGGAGCCCACGCCAGACACUCAAGAGGAAUCGACAAGACUUGCUGAUGAAGGCACUAGUGAAAAGAUUGUCGAAGAGGAGGCAGUUGACAAAGCAGAAGGUGUUGAUGCUGUGAAAGAGGACUCGGAAGAAGUAAAUGAGGAAACAAAAGCUACGAUCGAAGAAGAGACACCUAUAGAGACUCAACCUGAAAUUCCAAAUCAUCAAGAUGAGCUUAAUGAAGUUGAUGAAGUUAAUGAAGUUUCUGACAUUUCUCAGCCGGCCGAUUCUCAAAUUGUUGAGCCCGUACAGUCGAGUGAAGAGGCUAACACUGGGAACCAAGAAUCGCUCAAAGAUGAACAACAAGACAUCGCCUCUUCAUCCGUUCAGGAAGAUACAAAUGCAGAAAUCACAGCACCUCCAGCUACUGACGAAAAUGACAUAAAUGCUCCCGAAACCGCUCACGUUCACGAAGCCGUUUCCGAGGCCCAGAAAGCGCAGGCUGCUGGUGAGUUUAAUGACGAAGAAAUAAAUGCCGAAAUCAAUAAUGAGCAAUUAGUAGAAAAUGAAUUGAGUGUUCCUGAAAGCACCGCUGAAGAGGCAAAUGUCGACGUUAAUGAAAACCGCAUUCCGGAAGAGAAACCAGAAGUCUCUGAAGCUCCUACUGAAACUGAAGAAAUGGCAGUUGAAGACGAGCAGAUUGAAAAACAAGAAUCGGCUUCCGAAGAAGUACUACCUGAUGGCAAAAAAGAGGAAGAAUCAGUUAACGCAGUAAGCGAGGAAAUCGAAAGUAAACCAGACGCAGAAGUCGUGGCGACAAUCUCUAAUGCUUCUGAAGAGCAGCCUACUACUGAGGCGUCAGCUGAAGUAGAAGCAGUUGAGGUCUCAGAAGAAUUGCCUGACGACAAUGCGGACAAGUCAAUGUCACCACCUGAGGUCAAUAGCACACCCUCUUCUUCAAAAAACAAGAAGAAGAAAAACAAGAAGAAGAAGGGCAAGAAAUAG